UUCGGUUCACAAAUUGUUGUGUUCUCUCGAAAACCGCUGCAACAUGGUGCAAUGAUAUAGAUUCGGCCCGGUAGCAUUGGAAUUGCGUGUUUCCAUGAGGAUGCGCAGAGGCUGAGUUGCUGUUAACAGCUGCGACCAUGGGAAAUGGGCAUAAGUAAUCACGUCAUCAUCCAGCUUUCUGACUACCGGAUGCCGCCGCUGGUGGUGCUCCAGUGAGCCACCCGGCCCGCCGCCAUGGCGGCCGCCACCCUCCAGCGGGUGAUGCAUCGCAAGACGGAGUCGGGCCGCACCUUCAACGUGGCCGUGGUCGGCCUGUCCGGCUCCGAGCGCGACAAGGGCAGCGUGGGCGUCGGCAAGUCGUGCCUCUGCAACCGGUUCGUGCGCACGUCGGCGGACGACUACUACACGGAGCACAUCUCGGUGCUGAGUCAGACGGACUUCAGCGGCCGGGUGGUCAACAAUGAACACUUCAUGUACUGGGGAGACGUGGCCAAGAUCUCCGAGGAAGGCAUCACCUUCCAGUUCCAGGUGGUGGAGCAGACGGAGUUCAUCGAUGAUGCCUCCUUCCAGCCGUUUAAAGCUGGGAAGAUGGAUCCGUACAUCAAGCGCUGUGCCAACACGCGACUGUGCUCCGCCGAAAAGCUAAUGUACAUAUGCAAAAACCAGCUCGGCAUCGAGAAGGAAUAUGAACAGAAAGUUCUACCGGAGGGCAGGUUCCUGGUGGACGGCUUCCUGUGCGUGUUCGACGUGAGCGAGGUGUCCGGCCGGCCUCUGUCGCGCCAGGUGGAGCUCACCGUCCAGAUCCUGAACAGCCUGGUGCGCACCAAGAAGCCCGUCGUGCUGGUCACCACCAAGAACGACGAGGCCAAGGAGUCGCACCUGCGCGAGGCCGAGCGGCUGGCCAGCCGCAAGGAGUUCAAGGGCAACAUCCCGCUGGUGGAGACGUCCGCUCACCACAGCGUCAACGUCGACCUGGCGUUUGUGACGCUGGCGCAGCUGAUCGACCGUAGCCGCGGCCGCAUCCGCAUCGUGCCGUACCCGGAGGCGGCGCGCCAGCGCCGGGACGAGGCCGACCUCGUCUCGGACGCCUUCCAGUCGCUGGUGCGCGUACACGUGACCGACUGCCGCGCCACCUGGGCGUCGACCGUGCAGCGGCUGCGCGGCGCGCCCGCCUUCCACGAGUUCGUCGGCCUGCAGGGCCAGGAGGCGGCGCACCGGCUCUUUCGGCGCCACGUCAAGCGGCUGCGCGACGAGCACGUGUCGCGCCGCGUGCAGCGCUACCUGGCGGCGCUGCCGGACGUGUUCCGCGAGCUGUUCCCCGACCAGCGCGCGCUGCUCAGCUGCGGCUGGGCCGAGGUGCAGCAGAGUCUGCGCCAGCACCCGGACUUCGAGCGGCACUUUGUGGCGGCGCCCGAGGACCUGGCCUGGCUGGACCUCGACGUGGACGAGCUCUCCGACCCCCGCAUUCCAUUCGAGGUGCUGGCCAGCAGCGAGGCCGAGACGGCCUUCAAGAACUAUCUCAACGCCAUCCAGCAGGAGACGCGCCAGCAGGAGCUGCGGCGCCAGUUCAAGCAGCUGCUGGAGGAGACCAGCUAUGUGACGCCCGGCAAGUCCCUGUCGGAGGUGCGCGUGCUGUUCCUGGGCCGGGAGUGUUUCGAGAGUCUGGCCGAAGACGAGCGACAGGAGAUCUACGACAUCCACCAGCGGCACAUACUGGAGAAGGCCAGAGCCAACUUCCAGGAGCUGCUGCUGGAGCGAGCCGACCUGUUCUACAGCAUCUCACCGGCCGGUGGCGGCGGCGCCCUCACCCAGGACCAGAUGAAGGACAUCACCGAGCUGCUGCAGGAGGAUGUGAGGUACAAGCUGCUGGACCGGUUCGAGCAGGAGCGGACGCUGCUGCUGCUCCAGCACCUGGGCUUCCUGCACCGGCCGCGCGCCGACCGCUGUCCGGCCGGACCCUACUGCAUGGACCUGUUGGUGGCGGCGCUGCUGGCGGCGCGGCCGGCGCCGCCGCCGGGCGCCUCCGCUGCCGGCACGCACUGGGUGUUCGGCGGCAGCGACUCGCCCGUGCACAGCCUCAACGUGGUGCUGGUGGGCACCGAGGGGUCGGCGGACCGGCUCACGCAGAUGUUCAGGCUGCAGCUGGACGAGGACGAAGUGGAGAUCGACGGCCAGUUGUUCAGCCUUGGCCUGCGCAUCAUCAGCGACGACACCAAGCUGACGCCGAGCGCCUUCUUCACGGCUGACUUCAGUCCGCACGGCUGCUUGUGCGUGUACUCGGGCGCCGCGUCGUUCGAGUACAUCCGCCAGAGCGUGGAGAAGACGCUGCUAACCAGUCUGGAGGAGGAGGAGGACGGCCAGCCGCGGCCGCCGUUCCAGGGCCUGCCGCUGGUGCUGGUGCUGGCGGCCGACUCGCAGCUGGACAAGGCCGAGCUGGCCCAGCUGCGCCAGGAGGGCCGCAGUCUGGCCGACAAUCUGCAGUGUCCGUUCGUGGACUGCACGCGCCGUCGGAGGAGGCGGGCCGCCGAGCCGGACGCCGAGGACGCCGCCAGCGUCAGCAUGAGCGAACGAACCCCACUCUACCCGGCCGGCCUCUCCGCGAGGGAGCCUGACAUCAGGAUAAUAAUGUGCCUCUUCUGCGGUGAUCCGUACUCGGUCGAGAAUGUGGUCGGCGAUUUGUCAAAUCAACUUGUCAAAACGCACGAGAAGAGCUCCGUCAUACUGGACACCUUUCUUGGCGACUGCCGACGCCGGGUGGAGGUGAUCAUCAGCUCGUACCACGGCGCUGCCGCCUACCAGGACGAGAUGGUGCACGGCUUCGUCCUGGUGUACAGCACCAAGCGGCGGGCGUCGCUCAACAACCUCAACGUGUUCUCGGCGAGCGUGCCGCACCUGCCGAUCCAGAUCCUGGCGGUGACCGACUCGGGCGGCGCCAACGCGCUGUUCUCGUCCCAGCUGACGCACCAGCUCAUCACCGAGGGCAACCACAUCGCCGACCGGCUGCAGGCCCACUUCAUGACCUCCACGUCCACCUGUCAGCAGAAGUCGGCCUUCUACCUCAGCUUCUUCAAGGAGGUGUGGGAGAAGAAGCCGGAGAUCGAGCAGGCGUUCGAGCUGGAGCGGGUGCGCCGGCUGCAGGAGGCGGACGAGGGGCCGGCGUUCCCGCGUGCCCUCACGCUCCACCAGCAGCUGGGCGCCGCCAGCAACGACGGGAGCGGCUCGGAGUUAUACGAGCGACUGCCGACGGACGGCUCGCUGGGCGACGAGCUGAACCUCUCGCCGACCCUGCCGGCGCCGCCACCGCGCCUCCAGUUCUUCAAGGCCGAGAGUCUGGAGCUGGGUCGCCGCGCGCGGCCCGACACCGGCUGGCUGGAGGAGACGAGUGCCGGGGCACGCCAGCUGCCUGCGGAUGACGUGUGGCUGGAGCGGAGGCAGCUAGCGCCGGCGCACGCCUACACUACCGGCCGACAGCGGCCGCCGCCACCGCCUAAACCCAAGGCUCAGGCCGGACAGCCCGGCAAACUGAACCUGAAACAGUACACGAGCGUAGUGGACACGCUGGAGAAGCUGAACCUGACGAACCGCGCUGAGCCGCGCCGCGGCCGCGCGGCCGCCGGCUUCUCGCAGCAGCCGGGCUCCGAGUACGCCCAGGUCAAGGACGCCCUGUUCUUGGGCGGCAAGUUCGACGGCGACUACAGCUACACGCUGGCGCAGGACGCGGGCGGCCACAGCGCCAAGGCGCGCCUCCGGCAGCGGACCGAGAAGUGCCGCCAGUUCCUGGGCGGCAGCGACUCGGAGGAGUCGGCCGCCGAGGAGGAGGGCACCUUCAGCCGCCAGAAGUACGCCAGCAGCUCGGUGCGGCUGCGGCGCACGGCCGCCAAGCGCGCCGGCGUGCCGGCCGCCAUCCCGCAGGUGCCGACGCUGCCGGCGCGCGCCGCCGGCUCCCCACUGCCCGCCAAGUCGAAGUCUGAGUCGCCGCGGGAGGGCGUAAACAACGAGGAGUCUAGUCUGGACGUGUCGGUGUCGGGAGACUUCAGCUCUCCUGUGCUGUCCGCCAACGCCGCCAAAGAAGAGAAACUGAGGCGAAAGGAUAGGCAGCGGCAAUUAAAGGAAGAGGAAAAGAGGCGUGUAAAGGAAGAGGAAAAGGUGAAGAAGCUGGAAAAGGAGAGGCUCAAAAAGGAGAAGCAUAAAAAGGGGAAGACGUCGACCUCGUCGUCGCAAUCUCAGCUGGAGGAGCUGGUGCCGGGCGGCGGCGCCGGCGGGCAGCUGCCCGUGUUCCUGACGCGCUGCGUCGAGUACAUCGAGGCGGAAGGCCUGGACGCCGAAGGCCUGUACCGCGUGCCUGGCAACCGGGCGCACGUGGACCUGCUGUUCGAGCGUCUCUCCGAGGACAGCGGGGCCAGCAUCGCUGACCUGGACCUGGCCGUCAACGCCGUGGCCACGGCGCUCAAGGAGUUCCUCUCCAAGAAGCUGCCGCCGCUGCUGACGCAGGACAAGAUGGCCGAGCUCACCAGCAUCGCCGGUAUAUCAGAUCGGCGAACUCGACUAUUCAAACUGCGGGUUCUUCUGAAGGAUCUUCCUCCCAUUAACUUCAACAUCCUCAAGUAUCUGUUUCGUCACUUCCUGAAGGUGUCGGAGAAGUUCAAGCUGAACAGCAUGGACAGCAAGAACCUGGCCAUCUGCUGGUGGCCGACGCUGCUGCCGCUGCAGUUCACCGACAUGGGCGUGUUCGAGUCGAUGCGGCCGCACCUGGAGGACAUCGUGCAGACCAUGAUCGACCAGCACCAGUACCUGUUCGACGGCCAGGAGGAGCUUAUGAUGGUGUGACCCGAAGGCGGCGUGAGUCGCGCCGCCGCCGCCGCCGUCGCUGCCGCGCCGCGCCCUCGCCGCGCCGGCCCCGCCGCCGCCGCCGCCGCCCUCCGCGCUCGCCACCGGCCGCCCUGAGCGGCCGCGCCGCGCCGUCCAGUGCAAAGGUCCGCACUGAUGACCGCCAGAGAGAGAGAAAGAGAGAUAUAGAGAACGAGUGAGAGAGAGCUUACGGGGCGCUUCACUGUGAUUUCGGCGGGCGCGCAGUCUUCCCGGCCGGGGGUCGGGGACUGGCCAUCCGGCUCGGCCCGGCCCGGUCCCGGCGCGUCGCGUCACGCCACGUCACGUCACGUCGCGUCACGUGACCGGCGCGGUCGACCUCCAGCACAAAUGUCCCUCAGCUCCGGGCAAAGAGAGGCUUGCGAGUGGGCUUAAAACGCGGCCGGCUGUCCGCCGCGCCGCUGAGCCUGUUAAUUUCUUACCCUUGUUUUUAUAGUGAACUGCUGACUGUCAACGGCGGCUUGUGUGGGAACUCGAUGGCCAGGACUGGUGGGACGUUCUGGCUCGCAGCGGGCGAGCCAGAGAACCGCGCCGUCCGUACCGAGUGCGUUUUGUAACCGUGUGCCGGCGUGUGAGGGGUCGGUGGGCUCAGUCACCCACGUGUAAACUGCCGUCGUCCUCUUUCCACACGCCCCCGGGUCCCAGGCUGUCUGGCACCGGCGCGGCGCUCACUGUUGCCGAUCUGAGCGCACGGCUUCGGACAUUUGCACACGGCCGUCGACUGGCGGUGCGUUGCGACGGACGGGGGUCGCUUAUACUCGUUGUCCACCUUUGCGAUUUUUUUGGUUUACUGUGAGGCUGUGAUGUGUAUGUUUAGGUUGAUGGUGGACGACAAUAAUCGGUGUUUAGCGUACGCUGCCCGCCGGCGUAUCGUCGGGAGCACUAACCGCCCUCUCCCUGCCCGCCGUCGGUGCGCACGCGCGCGCGUGUGUGAGCGCAGGGUGGCCGGAGCCGACUCCGGCCCGCCAGCGCCCGGCCGGUCCGGCAGCGUCCGCGCCGCGCGUCGCCGGGCGACCGCCGCACCCCGCCGCACCCGAACCCACCCAGUCGGCGCCUCCGCCGCCGGCCGCCCGCCCGGCAUCGGCCGUGAUAUUACAGUGUUGAGUCCGUGCAUGCCGCUUGUGGGUGUAGUCGUCGUGUUGCGCCGGGUGCGGUCCGUGACGUCACGCCGGGUGGGUCAGCGCCCGGCCGGCCCCGGUCACUGGGAGACGGGUGUCAGUCACCGGCCGCACCUGUCCGGGUGUUCUCGGCGCGGUCGGGCCGCGCCCGCUGUCAAGUGUUUCCUCACUUGUACCGAUUGGUAAAUAUUAUACAUAAAACAA